AACUACCUUGAGAUAUCUUGUUCAAAAUUUGAGUGAGGUGAGAGAACUUGUGCUUAGUGAAGUGAACAUGACAUCUGUUAAUCCUCGUUUCUUCAUGAAUCUCUCUUCUUCAUUGACUACUCUUCGUCUUUUUUAUUGUCAGUUAAGAGGAAACUUUCCAAACAGUGUUUUCCGCUUUCCAAAUCUCAAGAGAUUUAGUUUAAGUGGAAAGGGAAACCUCACUAUUGAUCUUCCAAGUUCCAAUUGGAGCAGUCCUCUCCGAAUUUUGGAUUUAGGUGAUAUGGAUUGCGGAAGGCGAUUGCCAGAGUCUAUAGGAGAUCUUAAGUCAUUACAGUAUCUGAGUCUUGGCUGCAACUUUAAAGGUUCCAUUCCAGCUUCCAUAGGGAACUUAUCUCAACUUACUUACCUAAGCCUCUCUUAUAACAAUCUUAGCGGGCAAAUCCCACCAUCACUUGCAAACCUCACCCAACUUACCUCUCUUUACCUUUCCAAUAAUCAGUUAUCUGGUCCCAUUCCAGCUUCCAUAAGUGACCUAAGGCAACUUACUGGCCUAGACCUCUCUUCUAACAAUCUUAGCGGACAAAUCCCACCAUCACUUGCAAACCUCACCCAACUUACCUCUCUUUACCUUUUCAAUAAUCAGUUAUCUGGUCCCAUUCCAGCUUCCAUAGGUAACUUAAGGCAACUUACUAGCCUAUCCCUCUAUUCUAACAAUCUUAGCGGACAAAUCCCAUCAUCACUUGCAAACCUCACCCAACUUACCUAUCUUUACCUUUCCAAUAAUCAGUUUUCUGGUCCCAUUCCAGCUUCCAUAGGUAACUUAAGGCAACUUACUGUCCUAUCCCUCUAUUCUAACAAUCUUAGCGAACAAAUCCCAUUGUCACUUACAAACCUCACCCAACUUACCUCUCUUGCCCUUUCAAAUAAUCAGUUUUCUGGUCCCAUUCUAGCUUCCAUAGAGGGCUGUGGAUUACGAAAUCUCAACUUACAUGGAAAUCAAAUGGAUGGCUUAUUACCAAGGUCUUUGGUGAAUUGUCGCAUGUUAGAGGUUCUAGACGUUGGCAACAACAACAUAAGUGAUACAUUCCCUCAUUGGUUGGAAUCUCUACCAGACCUUCAAGUGCUUGUCUUAAGGUCCAACAAGUUCCAUGGUUCUGUGCAGAGCACCAAAGAAAGUCCAUCUUUUCCCAAGUUGCGAGUUCUGGACCUCUCCAGCAAUUAUUUUGUUGGUGCUUUGCCUGUUCGUUUGAGAUUGCGGAGACCUAACACUAUUGGCAGUGGAGUUCAUUUGACAUCGUUAAGUGAAGAAAACAAUGAUCUGGGUGGUGACCAAGGUGAGGUUUUAGGCUUGGAUUUGGAGUCUCUGAAGAUUUUGCUGAAGCUGGGAGUCUUUAUUGGGGCAAUGCUUUGUUGUCUUUUGGUUUUCGCAUGCAAGAGAGUGCUCGCGGUGGAGGGAGUGGUGAAUGCAAAGUACGGAGUGAUUGAGCAGUGGGCAUUGUUGUUGAGGAAUGCAUGGCCUAAGGUUUCUAUGGUUCUUAAGAUUUUCAAAGAGCAAGGUGUGAUUCUGACUGCACUUUUAGGUUUAUCUGCAUUCUUCUCAAUGGCAGAGACUUCAAUAACUACACUGUGGCCAUAUUCUGUUUUUGUCACUAUGGUGGUCAAUAUUGGAGCAACUGCUUUAGUUAUAGACACAGCAACUGCAAUAUUUGGAGAAGCUGGUCAGGCCAGUGGCAUGGCUUUCCUUGAUGAAUUAAAGCUGAUGCUAGGUGGGGCAGAGUUGAGUGGAGCAAUAGAGGAGGAAGAGCAAGCAGAUAUGAUUGGAAGUGUAUUAGAGAUGAAGGAUGCUCAUGUUAGAGAGAUAUUAGCUGCAAAUGCCCAAAAGCUUAAUGCUGUUCGUUUUGAGCAGAUAAACAAUGGGGAAGCAAUGUCAGAGGCCAAAGAUGUAACUCGAUUGAUUCCCAAAAUCAUGAAGAGGAAAGGGAACGGUGACAAAUUGGAUAACAUUACCUAUGUUGAGAAUGCAUUUCAAAAGAGACAAGAGAAUCGCCUUUCUGAUCGCUAUCAUGAGUACAGGCUUCUUACUGAGAUCACUCCAAAAAGUAUAGCUGUUCACAAUCCCACAGAGGUGGCUAGAUUUGUGGCCAGUGGCAUGGCUUUCCUUGAUGCUACAUCUAGUGGGAAGAAUUGUUACUUAUUUAUCAAUGGGAAUAAGGAAAUCAUAUCCGCCAUUUAUAAGCAUUCUGAACCUUAUGUUAGUGAAGAUGAAUUAAAGCUGAUGCUACGUGGGGCAAAGUUGAGUGGAGCAAUAGAGGAGGAAGAGCAGGAUAUGAUUGAAACUGCAUUAGAGAUAAAGGAUACUCAUGUUAGAGAGGCCAUCACACCCCUUGUUAAUGUGGUUGCAACUGAUGCAAGUGCAACUCUUGUUGAUUUUCACCAUCUGUGGUUUGUUGACAAUAUAGUUGGCAUUGCAUAUGCAAUGGAUCUACUUGAUUUUGUUCAGAAGACUGGCUUCUCUUUUGAGUGUACACUGAAGAGGCAGCUCUUACUGAAGCAUGAGUACAAGGUGGAAAAGCGAUCUGCAUGGCACAUAAGGCACAGUUGCAUUGAUCUGCCUUGAUUCAGGCAACAUCCGAAUGGUGGGUAUUAGGAUAUGAGAGGUGGGUAGUGUUGGCAAGAACAAGUUUUAAAAUUAUCACUUAAUUUGAAUAAUUUUUACUGCAAUCCACGGAGGGAGGAGGGCUGCUUAGGGGAUUGGGUGUCAGAUUUAUGACAUUUGGUGCAAAGAAGUCAAUGAACCUACAGCUUCCUU